CACAUCUGGUGUAGUGGUAUCAUAGUACCCUCCCACGGUACUGACCAGGGUUCGAUUCCCUGGAUGCGCAUUUGUUUUAUAUCACAAUUUAAUUUUUGCCCGUUAUUUACAUUUUACCUCAAAAUCCCUUUUCAUUCCAUGCGUAUUCAUAAUGCACCGAUGAGCAAUCCAAGAAAUUUGGCUCCAAGAAUCAUCCACCUUUUGAACACUCGCUGCAAAACUCGAUCCCACCUUCGUCAAAUCCUCGCGCAUAUAAUCCUUCACAACCUCCGCCCUGACACCACCGUCGCCCCCCACUUCAUCGCCGCCUGCCACUCCUUAAACCUCCUCAGCUCCGCCGCCUUCCCCCUCUACAUAAACAACCUCGCAACGCCCCACACUUUCGUUUGCAACACUCUCCUCAAAGCCUUUUCUCAUUCCGGCACCCCUCAGAAAUCUCCGGUGAUAUACUCCCACAUGAACAGGAAUGCUAUCCCCGUGAAUCAUUACAGUUUCCCUUUUGUGCUGAAAGCUCUGGCGGAUUUGAAGUUGGUUGAAGAAGGGAUGUCGGUGCAUGCCCAGAUAACUAAACUGGGUUUUCUUGCUGACGUUUAUGUUGGGAAUUCGUUGUUGAAUUUGUACGCCGCAGCUGGGAAUAUGUCUUUAUGCGGGAAGGUGUUUGAUGAAAUGCUUAUGAGAGAUGUUGUGUCGUGGACUGUUGUGAUCUCCGGGUUUAAGGAGGCUGGGAGAUUCGACGAUGCGUUGAUUGCAUUCGAGAGGAUGAAAAGCGAAGGAGUAAUGCCUAAUCAAGUCACUGUGGUUAAUGCUUUGGCUGCCUGUGCAAGUUUUGGGGCAUUGGAUAUAGGUGUGUGGAUCCACCAGCACGUGAAAAUGAGAGGGUGGGAUUUGGAUGUGAUUCUAGGUACUUCCUUGAUUGAUAUGUACGGGAAAUGUGGCCGAAUUGAAGAGGGUUUACGUGUUUUUGAGGCAAUGAAAGAGAAGAAUGUGUUCACUUGGAAUGCGGUUAUUAAAGGUCUAGCUCUGUCGAAGAGUGGUAAAGAAGCUAUUAAAUGGUUUUACAGAAUGGAAGACGAAGGUUUUCAACCUGAUGAUGUGACUUUGAUUGCGGUGCUUUGUGCGUGUGUGCACUCGGGUUUAGUGCAUAUGGGGCGGCAGAUAUUUGCUUCGUUGGUCGACGGAAAAUAUGGGUUUUCGCCUAGUGUGAAGCACUAUGGCUGUAUGGUUGAUCUUUUAGCACGUUCCAAGUGUUUGGACGAGGCGCUUAGGAUGAUCGAGGAGAUGCCAUUUGAGCCUACUGUGAGUAUUUGGGGAGCUCUGCUUGCUGGCUGUAGAGCUCAAGGAAACUCUGAACUGAGUGAGAUUGCUGCUUGGAAACUUGUGGAGUUGGAGCCGCAUAAUUGUGCCUAUUAUGUUAUCUUGUCUAAUUUAUAUGCGGAAAAGGGAAAAUGGAGCGAUGUGGAGAAAGUUCGAAAAUUGAUGAAAGACAGAGGACUUAAGAAGGAUGUGGGCAGCAGCAGCACAGUUGAACUUGAAAAUCGGGAACGCUCACUUGAAUUGGUAGCCUAACAUCUUUGCUUGAUAUUUUGUAUGGACAAAGAGCUGUUUGCGUUCUUCGUGUUCCUUAAUUUUUUGUUUGAAUAUGUUUUCCCUCAAAUAAUAGCGUCUAAAAUUUUAUCAAUGGAAUUAAGUUAGGUAAGUCGAUAAUGAUGUGGAAAAAAGAUACGAAUACUGUUAUCUGAUUUUAGUCAUUGACUCGAUGCAUUUUCUGUUACCUUGUUCAAGUCUACGAUUCUCCGUUCGAAAAAGUAAGAAGUAUGAUGAUGUGGUCUGCUGAAAAAACAAUCUGUCUGAUCCGAGUUUCAACAUCGGGCAUAUUUCUCUAUUUUCAUGGCAAUUCAACAGCAGAAGGUAAAACUUAUUACAGAACUCACAGUUAUAUAAAUAAGUUAUAUGACUUGUUGACAAAGACUCUUUUGUUGCCUUUUUGAUAAUCUGAUUUAAGAUGUGAAACAGAACGCUGGAAGCAGAACACAGAGCAAGAAAACGGGCUUUUAUUAUGAAAGUAAAGACUUUUUAAGCUCACUGACUGCCAUGGCAACAACCUUUUCCGAAGCUGGCCGUGCCGAAAUGUCUGCAUACCAGGCACUCACACGAGGGUGCGAAUCGAAAGAAGCCUUAACUCGAGUUCCCAUCAAGUAACUCAUUGUGGGGAUGUGAUGGAGAUCUGCUAAAGUGAACCGCUCACCGCCCAAGUAUUUCGACGCGCCCAAUCGAGCUUCAUACACAUCAAGAACCUUAGACAGUAGAGCUUCUUGCUCUUCGACAACAGCAUAAUCUGUCACCAUUCCCAAGAAUGGCUUAGUACAGAGUUCCCAGGUUAACUUUGAAGCUACAGGAUCGAAUUUCUGAGCCUCCACCUCCGCCCACACACUUGCAACAGCCAUCUGUUUUGGAUCACGGAAUAUCAACGGAGUUCCUUUGUCGGCAUAAGUAUGUGCAAUGUAUUGAGUGAUUGCCCUUGAUUCUGCGUUACAAGUUGAUUUCAAAGUCAGGGGACAUUGUUAAAUCGAGGUAGGUCUUUUUUUUGCAUGAACCGACGAAAUUGCAAAUUUUGAAAAAAAGUAGCUAUUACCGAACAUCUUGAGAUCUCCAUCUUCAUAGGCUGGGACUUGACCAAAUGGCUGGAUGAAGGUAAUUAAUCAAAAAAUGUGUUAAAAACGAUUUUCAUUAAUGACUUUACGUUUGAAGGUUUCAAGAUUAAUGCUUACGUUGAGCAAAAGGAAAGCCUCCUUUUUGUGCUCUCCGGCCCUCAUAUCAAUCGAAACAAUCUCGUAAUCAAGCCCUUUCUCGUUGAGGCAGGCGAUAACUUUCAUUGCUGCAGUUGACAAAACGGUGCAGUGGACUUUGAUCGCCAUUGAUGGUGAAAAAGGUAAAGAAU